UUGAGAAAAAUACGCCCACAACUUCCGGUAUGACCCCUUAAUGGCGGGACGCGGGUAAUGCAAACUUUCCUACCCUGGACCACGGUUUAACGACAGCAGCAGUUGGUAAUGAACAACACCUCGAAAACAACCGUAGAUAGGAAACGCCCCCCGCCGGUGAAGGUGCUAUCCGGUCAGCUGAGGACGGCAGUGGGCCGGGCAGCUGACAGCGGGGAGGAGUAUGUUAUCAGGCCGGGCAGGGGUCGCUCUUUGCCGGUGUCUCUGGUGUGGAUGCAGGGGACGGUCCUGGAGGUGCAGCUUGAAAGAAACACCCUGCUGCUGAUGGAUGAGACCGGGACCUUUGCUGUGCAAGGGGUAAACAACAUCCCCAAAGGGAAACCGUGUCUGUCCCAAGGCAAAUAUGUCAUGGUGAUGGGUGUCAUCCAGGCCGUCUCCCCGGAGCCAGUCAUCCGUGCGGUGAAGAUGGCAGACCUCUCGGAGCUCGCUGCGCUCCACAGACGGAUGUGGAAGCUGGAGGUGGAGGAUCUGCAGCAGGUGUUGGCCUGACUGCUGAACUGCUGGUGGCAGGAAGCCCUGAUCCUGUCAUGUGUGUUCAGAUGGGUGUGCAGCAUUCAAUAGAUUUUUGACAGGUGGAACAAAAUACAUCACUGGACUAAAAAGGAGAUUAUACUCUGUCAGCUUCUGAUUGAGGUAUGAUACAAAAGUGACAGACCAGAGAAAACAGACUUUUCUUUAUGCUUACAGUGGUUAAGUCUGACGCAGAGAUGGAGCUUGAUGUUUACCUACCUUUUUAAAAAUUACCUAGAUUUGCACGCAUCUUGUAUAGUUAACUUAUUAUAGAACAUGUCUUUUCAUAUUAGACUAAUAGCAUCUUUUUUGUAAUUAUUUGGUUCAUAUUUACAGCAGAAAAGGCUGGAUGAAAGUUGUACAAAUGUAAAAUAAAGUCUUAUUUCUUGUCAUAA